CACGAGUCGAGCACUGCCUGAGCUAGCUAGCUAGCUAGCUGUGUGUAUCUGGUGAGUGACGUGAGCAGGACUUAGGAACCUUGAGCUCAUAUUCUGAGCCAAGACAGGCCACUUUGGGGUAUUUCCAGCAAGAAGAGAGGAGAGGAUACUUCGAAAAUGCCGAAACAGAUGCAAACCACGGCUGCCAUGGCCGUUGUCAAGCUUCUUCUGACGAUAUUCAACUUGAUUUUCUGGGUGGUUGGCAUUGCGCUCCUAGCCGUCGGUAUCUGGGGAAUCUUUGAACUCAAAUAUUACCUGGAGCUGUCGGACACCGACUAUUCCAACGUUGAGUAUGUCCUGAUUGGGACAGGUAGCUUCAUGAUCGCCGCUGGAAUCAUCGGUUGCUGUGCCACCGUCAAGAACAUUGCUUGGCUUCUGCAACUAUACGGAGUAAUGGUCUUUGUCAUCUUCAUUGCUCUUCUAGCGGCAGGAAUCUCAGGCUUCGUUUACCGAAAUCGUUUGGAGGAAGGUUUCCGGAAGGGUUUGGAUUCCAAACUAAAGACCUACAAGAGCAGAGACGAGCCCCCAGAUACCUACAUUGACAAACUUCAGAAACAUCUGCUCUGCUGCGGCUCCCGAAACUAUACCGACUGGCUCCAGGCUGACACGGAGUGGUUCAACACCCACCCGAAGGAUGAGGUACCAGACAGCUGCUGCAACGCCACGGUGGACAAAGAUGAGUGUAGCCAGCCCGAGCAGGCUAUACCGAUCAGAGUUGACAAUGGCACAUUAUUGGCAUACAGAGAGGGUUGCUCAGAGAAGGUUACUGCUUUCCUUGACAACAAGAUGUCAAUUAUUGGUGGCAGUGCGUUGGGCUUCGCUUUCUUUCAGCUCAUCGGUAUCAUUCUGGCGUUUGGACUUGCUAAGCUCAUUAAUACCAACAAGUACGAGAUGAUGUAAGGAAUGACAAGCAUCUCUGAUGUCCUGCCUCUCUUUAGUUUCGUAUUGGCUUUUUUUGUAUGAUUUGCGGGUUACGCCACAUUCUCGGUGUUCACCACAAACAGGAUUCCUGGCCAGUACAUGUAUGUGUUCAAGGAUGCGUCUGCAGGACAACUUGAAUAAAAAAAAAAGGUUAAUUUGAAAUUGCACAUGUCGUUCACAGCUCCAUUUUUCAUUUGUUAGAGGUUACCGUACAUUACAGGCCAGAGUGGGGCCUUUAGGCAUACUGCCUCUCGAUGAUUGACCCCUGGGAUAUUGAUGUGUAAAAUUUUCCCGAAAUUUAACCCCAGAUAUUAUGGUCAGUCCUGAAGGUUUGAUGUGAAUAUUGCAUUUUGCAACUUGGGCAAGGAAAUCUGCCCGUACAUCUUGAGCUGCUUCGUUUUUGUAUUGCCUUGAAAAAAAAAAGAAGAAUCGGUGGAAAUAAGAGUGCUAUCAAAAGCCUUCAUAUUCAGUAGAAAUGUUUAUUAAAAUGUGUACUUGUACAUUGUGUGUAGUUUUGAGAAACAAAAAGUGGAAUGAUCUUGGUAAAGUGUUCGGAAAAGGUGCAACAUAAAGUUAAUGCAAGUAAAGGUUAUCAAUUUAUUUAACUGCCAGCAAAGUAGAAUAUUUGCCGAGUGGUCUGUUUACUCAGGACAACAUUCAAAGUAGAAUAUACUGCCGCUAAAGCAGGUUGGUCAAGUGGGACUAGAGUUUUCAACUGAAACUGCGCUGAAUGAAUUCUGGUGAAACUUUGUAUAAUAGUGCAGGUAUGCUGAUUUUUUCAUCCUGGAAUAUUGCGAUCAUGGGUUGGUUUGGGUGAUGCUGCAUCCCGGUGACAGCAAGUCUUGCACUGUACAGAGUGGUGUUAGGUCGUAGUUUGCAGGAUCUCAUCUGUGUUACCAAUGAGCGUGAGUACUGAGCAAGCACUCAUUAGGUCACAUAGGAAUAUAUUCUUGGAAGUGCACCGUAACUUUGCGUCUUGUAAUCCUGCCGCUUUGGGUGUUCUUUCUCCAUGCUCAGUGGUUAUUGUCUCUCGUGAAAGUUUCUUUACUGUGAUCUCUACCGUGCAAGACAUCUUUAAAAUUGCCAUUGUCCAGUGCAAAUAUCAAGUAAUAUCAGUGGGUGGUGUUCAGCUUUACUGUUCUUUGCCUUAAUAAGUACUUUAUCACUUGUGACCUUUCGCAGGAAAUUGUACUAGAGCUGAUGUCUGUAUAAAUGAUCUUAACCUUGCUGACUAGACAGCUUUCCUUUUUUAGGUGAUUUCUUUUGUCAACUCCAGGGUCGAUUUUUAUUUUAGGAUUUUAAGUGGAAUUGAAUUCAAUGCCUUUUGUGUUGCCUUGAAAUUGCAUUUGUAAUAUCUAAACCACCCAAUGUUUCUUUUUGUUAAGAGGCUGUGUUUUACGUUACUGAUAUGUUCAUUUUUAUGAGGCCCCCACAUUGACUUUUUGAAACUUGAAAUAUUCUCUGGAGCUAAAAAGCUGAGAAGCUAAUGAAAAGACUAAGUAGACAUUUGUAAGAGAAAAAAAGAAUGAGUCUGCAAACUAGGUGCUUAAAAUGUACGGUGGUACUUUAUUGUGAUAUUUUUGUAUUGCUGUAAAACGUUUCCUUCCACCGAGGUGUAAACAGCAUUAAUCAACUCGAUUUUAUCUCAUUUUUUGUUAUUAAAAAAAUCAAUUUAACCACUCGUUAGCUUCAUCUUAAUUUAUUUCAUCUGUCAUAUUAAACUCCCAUUUCAACUCUAUAAAAAAGGUACCCACUAAUGUAUGUAAAAGAAUUUUGUAUUUUAAGCAUACUUUAUUUUUGCAUGCAUAGUUUAUUGCAUAAUGCUUAUAUCAGUGUACAGUUUGGUUUGCAGCCUGCACACCAUCAUCUCCUUUUCUUACAUCGUGUGAAAAAUGUAUUUUAAGCAUACUUUAUUUUUGCAUGCAUAGUUUAUUGCGUAAUGGACACAUCAGUGAACAGUUUAGUGUGUAACCUGCAUUAUAGAAUAUCUCCUUUCCUAACAUAGUGUGAAUCGCCUUAUAAGUUCUUCAUUCUCGUUAGUUCUAAAUUAGAGCGAUUUUUAGUUAGGGUCGGCAGCAGGUGUUAUUAUAUUAAUGUGACAAAAUGUGCAGGGUAAAAUGAUCGUGUAUACAUGUACAUGUAAUUUUAUAGCUAGGCUUUCCUCGACCAAUUUUCUGGCUCGCGUUUUAGGCAGGAAGACUCAAAAGCCCAAAACAGGAACCUCUGCUUACUCCCGAUCCUCACAGGGACACUGUCGUUAUUUAUUUUGGUGAACCUGAAAGGCCGAGUUAGUUCUUCGUUAAUAUAGAGAACAGUGGUAUGUAAUUUAAUAUUGAGAUUAAUUAUAACGAAUCACCAAAGUAUGGAUCACCUGAGCCACUUAGAUUUUUGCAUCAUGUCUUUGUCCAUUUUCUUUAUCAAUGUUUAGUAGAGGUUAUUUGUUCUUGGCCACAUGCUUCUGAUUUGAGACAGAAGAUCUCUUGAAAGUUACCAGCUAAGGUGAUAUUUCAUUAUUGUCUG